AUGAUUUUCGCCAUCCGUCGCUGCACCCCUAAGGAUCUGAAGGAUAUUAUGCGGUUUAUUGAGGAGAUUGCAGUCCUUCACAACGUACCUUUGGGCUCAGUCAGAACCAACGUGGAAGAGCUGAAGAAGGCUGGCUUCGGGGAGCACCCCAGAUACAAGUGCUUUGUGGCUGAAAUCCCCCCGGAGGAAAAACGCAAGGACGGUCGCAGUCUUGCUGGGUACACCCUGUUUUCGUACACCUAUAACACCUUGCGAGGGAGGAACGCCUAUGUGGACAAUCUCUACGUCAUGCCAGAAUUUAGAGGUAUGGGAAUUGGCAGUGCGCUUAUGAAGCAAAUGGCGGAGGAUGCUUGGAGCCAGGGAUGCACCCAGUUGCAAAUGUAUGUUUCUGCCUCGAAAGAGGAGGACAUCGGGUUCCUUCUGCGCCGCGGAGGCGAAGACCUCAGUUCCGAGGAGGGCUGGAACCUCUUUCGCAUCCAUAGCCACGUCCUGCGAGGGAUGGCGUCUCGGAGCAAAUUCUAA